AGCUGUGGGGUGGGACAAUGUGGCGCUGUGAGGUCCUACUGCACUCACAGGACGUAUGAGAAGUGAGGAGAGUGGCAGCAAAGAGAGUUAAAGUAAGCCUUGAAGUCAGUCUACCUCCCACAGUGACCAUGAGAGUCCUCCUGCUAAUCUGCAUGCCAGUUCUGCUGCUCGCCCAGGCCCAGUACCAGGAGCCGUUCCCUUUCUUGGAGGAUUAUGACACAGAUUAUUUUCCAGCGAAUUCAGAGUCUGAGAAUCCUGAUUCAGUCCCUGGAACGUUCCAGCAGCAGGUUCAGAUCCAGCCAGUGGUCCGUCCAGAGAAGUCUGAGUCCGAUUUGGAGACGGAGCCCACGGAACCCGGACCUCUCGAUUGCAGAGAGGAGCAGUAUCCCUGCACCAGACUCUACUCUGUUCACAAGCCGUGCAAACAGUGCCUCAACAGCCUCUGCUUCUACAGUUUGCGACGGGUCUACGUCAUCAACAAGGAGGUUUGCGUGAGGACCGUGUGCGCGCACGACGAGCUGCUCCGAGCCGACCUGUGUCGGGACCAGUUCUCCCGCUGCGGCGUGGCGGCGCUGAGCGGACAGUGCACGUCGCUAGGAGGAAGCUGUGGAAAGAGCUGCGGUGGCUGCUGAUCGAGGCCCGACUCCACCUGCCCACAAACUGCCGCUCGCCUCCAUCUCCAGAUCCUCCAGCGUCUGAGGAUUUGUGUAGUUCUAUCUCUCUUUGCCUUUUUUGUAGAUCCUGUGUGUAUGGAUAUAUAUACUUCCAAGAGCAAUCGUGAUUGUAUAAACCACUGGUGCUAUAAAAUCAUCACACUGGUGCUAUAAAACCUUUAGAGAUGCACAUAAAACAUCUUUUUUAUGUACUGUGUUCUAUUAAUCUUGUGCUCUGACUUUGUUGAUAUGUUACUGUACUUGCGUCGAGAAGCAGUCCUUGUCAGGAUGAUCAAAUCAUCAUUGGUGGCCACUGUGCACGGACAUCAGACAGAACUAAUCGAUCUCCAACCGUCACCGGCGAAGAUGGCGACGCGCGCGAGCAGACAGCUGGUGAAUGACCUCACUUUUUGUACUACUGCCACCUGGACCUGGGCUUAGCGACCAAGCGGCGAGCUUAAUGAGAUAGAACCAAAUUCCAGUGACAACAAGUGCUGUCAAAAUGCAUUUAACAAAAACAGACCCUUUUACUACUGCUUUAAAAAUCUGUCACUAUAAAGACUGAAAAAUAAACGUUUGUACGACAGCU